GUCAGAUCAUCAAGUAGUCUCAGGUUGUACGACUCUAUGUACUCAGUACCUAGGUAGGUAGUCUUGGUAACAUCAAUUCAUGUGUACGGUGGGUGCCAACUUGGGUGGAUAAGCGAGCUUAUCGGCUGCCACAGCUUGGCUAGCUGACUAAGGUCCGGUGACGCGCCUAUGCCUGCCUGCCUGCCUGCCUGCCUCGUGCUAAGCCGCCAACCUCCAGCUCCGAAGCUGUUCAACACACUACCUCUUGGAUCCAUCUCCUCACCACCCACGCCUGCUCGAGUGCCCCUUGCAUUACCACCCCACCCAUCCGAGCGACCCAUCUGCCACUUCGCCAACCUCAUACUUUCUUUUCAACCAGUACUGACCACCCCGAGGCGGAUUCCCCAUCACAAACCUUCUAAACCCCCCCCCCCCACCCUUCUUCGUUGCCACCAUGGCGUCCCUUGAGGAACUGGACGAUCUCGAGCGCCGCGACCGCGACGACAAGGACAAGAAGGAUGGCAAGGACAACAAGGGUGACGGAAAUGACAAGCCUUCUGGCGACGGCGACGCUGAGAUGAAGGAUGCCGAGGAGGAAAACGUCAUCGACGACGAGAUCCUCUCGCUCAACACCCAGGACAUACUGAACCGCAGGCGACUACUUGAAAACGAUGCCAGAAUCAUGAAGUCCGAAUUCCAGCGGUUACAACACGAGAAAGCAACCAUGAAUGAGAAGAUCAAGGAGAACCGGGAGAAGAUCCAGAACAACCGACAGCUCCCGUACCUGGUCGGCAACGUCGUCGAGCUGCUCGAUCUGGAUCCUACAGCAGAGUCGUCGGAGGAGGGUGCCAACAUCGAUCUCGAUGCCACGAGGGUGGGCAAGUCGGCUGUCAUCAAGACCUCGACGAGACAGACCAUCUUCUUGCCUUUGAUCGGGCUGGUAGACCCCGAGGAUCUGAAGCCCGGCGACCUCAUCGGCGUCAACAAGGACUCGUACCUCAUUCUCGAUACCCUGCCUGCCGAAUACGACUCCCGAGUCAAGGCCAUGGAGGUCGAUGAGAAACCGACCGAAAAGUACAGCGAUGUCGGCGGUCUGGACAAGCAGAUCGAGGAGCUCGUGGAGGCCAUCGUCUGGCCGAUGAAGGAAGCGGAGCGGUUCAAGAAGAUCGGCAUCAAGGCACCAAAGGGCGCGCUCAUGUACGGGCCCCCCGGGACCGGGAAGACGUUGCUGGCGAGGGCCUGUGCCGCCCAGACCGACGCCACGUUCCUCAAGCUUGCCGGCCCGCAGCUGGUACAGAUGUUCAUCGGCGACGGUGCCAAGCUCGUGCGAGACUGCUUCGCGCUGGCCAAGGAGAAGGCCCCGUCCAUCAUAUUCAUCGACGAGCUCGACGCCGUCGGCACGAAACGGUUCGACUCGGAGAAGUCGGGCGACCGAGAAGUGCAGCGGACCAUGCUUGAGCUCCUCAACCAGCUUGACGGCUUCGCCUCGGAUGACCGCAUCAAGGUGCUGGCGGCAACAAACCGUGUUGAUGUUCUCGACCCGGCGCUGCUGCGUUCUGGCCGCCUGGACCGCAAGAUCGAGUUCCCGCUGCCCAACGAGGAAGCGCGGGCCCAGAUCCUGAAGAUCCACAGCCGAAAGAUGACGGUCGACAGCGCCGUCAACUGGGGCGAGCUGGCGCGCAGCACGGACGAGUUCGGAGGCGCCAUGCUGAAGGCCGUGUGCGUCGAGGCCGGCAUGAUCGCGCUCAGGAUGGGCAAGAACAAGAUCAGCCACGAGCACUAUGUCGACGCCAUCGCCGAGGUCCAGUCCAAGAAGAAGGAGACGGUCAACUUCUACGCCUAGUGCAGGGAGCGGAGCGAGGAGAAGCCAGGGAGGGCCAGGUGCGGGGAUGAGGGCGAGUGCUCGGAGGCCUACGAUAGAUUGUGCACGUGCUAGAGGGCGGACUGGCGCUACUUGUAUGAAUACAAUCGGUACACUGAUCGCGGGGACCUGUGUGCCCAGAGACAAAAAGUCGACAUGGCGGAAUCCAAACGUGCCUGUGAGAGUUUCCCACCGGCUGCCUGCCUCUGCCAUGAUGUUUGGGUGCUUGGGUGCUUGGGUGCGUGCUGCAGCAUACGCGUAGGCUCCUGGCCAUCUCGGGGCUCACGGAUGGGGGUUGCAAGCCCUCGAGUGUGAGGUGGGCCCAACAUGGGCCGGCCGACCGGCCGACCGUCAUGACAACGGCGGGCGACAAUGGCGAAGAGUCGGGCCGAGGGGCAGGACGGGGCGCUGUGCACCAGGUUACUUGGUUCCAGACGGAGGCCGAGGGCUCGUAUUGGAGACCCAGGAGGGAGGAGACGCGAUGCAGGCUGGCAGGGUGGCAGGGAGUGUGUGGUGCGAGACCACCAUGUGUCCAGGACAAGACAAGAGGCAUGUGUUAGGGGCCGAUAUUACGCAGUGGCAAAGACGAGCCAGACUGCCAGAUGAGCAAUGAGCCAGACUAGUGAGUGUUGAAGCGCCUGGCGCCAUGCAGACACAAUGUCAGCCAUUCAGCCUGUGCGCGUAGGCAGUCAGGCCAGUCAGUAGUACAGUAUAUAUGUCUAUCGUACUAUCAGACUAUCUAG